AUGACCUCCCGCUACCCGCUCCGAACCACCCGCGCCCGUGCCCCGGCGGCACGGGUUACUCAAAAAAUCGCUCCGCAACAGAAGUCCGCCCAGUCGGACUCGGAGGCGCUCUCUGAGCCCCCUCCAUCUGAUACGGAGGGCGGAUACAUCUCCGCCCCCGCCGCCCCAGCUGUUGAGCGUUCUUACGCCGACGCUGCGCGAGCGUGUAGCCCCUCCUCUGACGAGAGGAGGGUAGAACUUCCUUUGACGAGUACGCCGCGCGCUGCUCCGAGGAACGAUAAUAUAUCUGCGGAUGUAUUAGCUAGUAAUAGUAAAAUACUAGAAUUGAACCAGCUGGGUGCUGGCGAGAAAGAGAAGGGCGCUACUGCCAACCCUGAGAACGACGAGGGAACCUGGGAAACGGUUACCCGUCGCCGCGGCCGAAGCCCCGCCUCGAGCGGGAACCGGUCAAUUCAGAAUAAGAAACGGGCUCGUGUAGAGUCUGAAGGUUCGGCGUCUGAGACAGAAAGAUAUCUCACGCCACACAUGCCUUCCAAACCGGGUAACACCGCUACUCUAUUGGGUAACGCCACUGUGGCUGGAAGGGGAGAAGCCGGUCCUUCCAAGUCUAAAGGGAAGGCGGUCGACCCAAGGAACUGGGCUGCUGCGGGUCUCGAAGAGUCAGACUAUGACAUCGAGACGCAGCUUGCUGCGCUUCAAAACUGGAAAUCUAUUAAACAAAAACAGAACUCCGGUAUUCGUGCUCCUAGUAACUACAGUGUUAAUAACAAUGUGGUACCCUCCGAGGAACCUGUUGAACAAUCGCACACCAAGCGCGAGCGUAUCCACGCUUUGAAAGCAUUGGCCGCACGCUUGGAAGCCGAAUUGGAAGGUGAAACCUUACCCAAAGAACCCGCAGUGGAGAAGCCACUCACCUCGAAAGAGAAGAAGGGCCGUGGCGCCGUCGAUCCUUCCAAACGUAAGGGACGGCCGUCGAAAACCCCCUCUGAGAAGAAGGGAGACGAAGGGUUACGACCUGUUAAUCAGGUACACCCUAAAAGCGCCAUCGGUAAAACCUUCGAUAGAUUAAGGAAAUCGAAUGAGCGCUCACCAGGGUCCCCGGACUCGUCGGAUAGCUCGGACCAUUCCAGCUCUUCGUCGAGCGAAAGGGAUGCACCUAACUUGUUGACUGACUCGGAACCUGACCCUAGCUCGUCGGGCCCCGAUUCGAGCUCGUCUUCGUCAGCUGGUACCUGGCGAAAGCGCUAUGAGAAUGUCGAAAAGGCUGUCAAACGCGACAAGCCUCGCGACAAGAAGAAACGGGAGAAUACUCACAAAAGCAUUCUGAAGCCGCAGCCCCCCUCGACCUAUGAUGGGACACCUGACGUACGGCGCUUUAACAAAUUUAUGUCGGAAGCGAUCGCGUACGUCGAGGAUGGACGGCUGGAGAAAGAAAAGCAAGUGAGAUAUAUAUCUCGCUACUUGGAUGGGAAAGCCUACGAUUAUUACAACAUCGUUUCCGCUGACGGAGCCCGGGACUUGGAGAAGUUCUUGAAGGGCCUGUUCGACUAUUGUUUCCCGGUUAACUUCCGUGAUCAGCUUCGCGCUAAGUUGAACCGCUGUUAUCAGGACAAUAGAACGGUCAAAGAAUAUAUUUUCGAACUCACCGAGUUAAUCAACAUGGUGGGCACGUACAGCAAACGCGAACGCGUUGUAAAGCUAUGGAAGGGACUGAAUAAACCCAUCCAAGCCAAACUGUGGGAGAAAGAGUUAGAUCCCGAUUCGUCCUCAUGGGCAGAAGUUGAGAAAUGGGCUAAUCGCUUUGAGGUAUCGCUGGCUACGAGCAAUACCGCGAAGGAACGGCCGAAAGACGAUAGGUCGUCUAAACACUCACCUGUCAAGCCAUCGACGCCCGCGCAUGCAGCGCGAGCAUCUGACGGAGGGCGAUCGAAUAACAAUCGAUUGAACCACGCCCAUAAAAAAUGGCCCUCCCCUACCGGAAGGACCAAUUCCUAUUCCAAUACUGCUGGGGGCGGAAGGUCUCAAGAUCGACCCGCUCGGCCACAGAUGAGCGAGCGAGAGAAGGCCAAACUAAGGGCAGCUGGGAAAUGCUUCCGCUGCAAAGAGCCUGGCCACCUCUCGCGCAACUGUCCUGAAGGAUACGCUAUGAAGCCUCGACGGGAGGAUAAACCCCCAGGUGUCGAGAACUUCAACGUCAAUAUCGACCUGUCGAACACAGAAAAAUUGAAGGACUUAGCUGAGACUACCGAAGCCACCGACUCGAUUACGCCGGAGAAGGGGGAAGCCACCUAUUGGUAA